UCCUGGUGGAAGACCAGAAUCAACACAGUGAAAGUUCAUACAUACCUUCCUGCAGCCUGCACUCAAAAACACAGUACUGCUGAUAGCAAUGAAUCCUGUAGGUUACCCGGCUGAGGUUUUUCCAUUGCGGGAGGGGUAUGCCUUCCGCCCUGGACAAGCUGGUGGACCCACUUUCCAGCCUGGAGGAACAGUAGUUCAGUACACCACUGUGAACAUCCCCCCUGAGCCCCCAAGAGACCACAUCAUCUGGUCUAUGUUGUGCUUGGUCUACACAAACCCCUUCUGCCUCGGACUGGUCGCUCUCAUCUACUCCAUCAAGGCCAGAGACCGGAAAAUGGCUGGAGACAUGGAUGGUGCCCGACACUACGGCUCCACUGCCCGCUGUAUCAACAUCUUUGCCACAAUCCUCGGUUCCAUCAUCAUCCUCACUAUCCUGACUAUAUCCAUCAUAUAUGUACCUAUAUUUCUCUACUUAAUCCAAUAUAAAUCAAUGUAUAUGUGGUGAGGACAUUCAGAUUGUCGACACAUGUAAGGGACAGUGUUCAACUGUCAACUCAAGUUCAAUGUAAACAGAGUCGACUGCCAUGCAUCAGCACCAAAGAAUUCAUCUAAUGCGGAAGCGUAACUCUUUUUCUAUUUGUGGUACUAUUUUAUGUCAUUUUCAGCCUCCAAACUCUCUCAUUUAUUUGCUGGUUUAAAGUGUUGUCUGUGAAGGACAAGAGUAGCCUAAAUGGUGUUGUGUGUCUGCUCCAAGGUCAUUCGAGUCCAACAAAGAAAUGUGUGUGAGAAUAUAUUGCAUAAUGUGCCCCUGCUUGUUGUUUCCUUGUAUUGCCCCAUGUAUGUUGAUUUGUUGCCUCUGACAUAUACUGGAACUGCUUUGCUUGUGAGUCUUGGAGUUGUGUGUAACAGACUGGAGCGCCAAUGUUCACGUUUACAGCCGUCCAGGAGUCUCUGCCUUUGCUGCGUCCUCCAAGAUGUGAUGCUUCAAAUCUCCACUGGGGGCAGCCCCCUCAUUUCUCUAAGAGCAAAUGUACUUAUUGAUUACUGCUACUACCUUAUACUUACUUACUAUCACUAACCAGAUUGGACUUAACUCUCCAAUUAUCGUCAGUCAAGAGACUGAAAUACUAAUCCUGUUGUUUCCAGGUUAAUUCAUGCAUUUCAAACAGCUGAUGUGGUCAAACAGUCGGUUUGCCUUUGCCUCCUUUAGGGGCAGACGAAGAGAAAUAUUCAAUUGGGUGGCAAGAGGGUGGCAUGGAGACUUUAAGGGGUAGCAUAAAUAUAUGAUGAUUCAAUUUCAAACAAUCAAAUAUUAAUAUUUAUUUGUAAAAGCCCCCAAAUAAGGAUAUUUGAACAAAAAAAAAUACAUUAUUGUGGCACAUCAGUAAAGCAUUGAAUAGAAAUAUCUGAAGAUGGUAUUAGAAAUCAUUACAUUUUAUUUCCAAAUCUUUCAAUUUGUUCUUCCUUUUUUUUUUUGGUAGCUGGUAUUGACAAGAUAUUUUCACCCCAAACCAGCCCUGCCUGUGGCUUCCUGUUGAAAAAGGGAAUCAACACAGUGACACAAUGAGUUAUUACAUACCUUCCUGCAGCCUGCACUCAAAAACACAGUACUGCUGAAAGCGAUGAAUCCUGUAGGUUACCCGUCUGAGGCUGUUCCACUGCACGGGAGGUAU